AGACGAGCCGUGGAUGCAUUUCGGUGUCCUUUUGUGGCGGCUGUUGUGUGUUGUGAAAUGCUGCUGCGUUCAUACUUUUACCUGUGUGUCUUGUCGCUGUGCUUUGGUCGGACCUGAGAGCAGAUGCCACUGCAGGCAGUGCGUCGUGCGUGCGUUGUUCCCGCCAACGGCAAAGAUCGUCUGCUUCAACGGAUCGGAUGCCUAGUGUGUGUGUGAGAUUCCCUUUCAGUGUGGAACGACCAACAACUGUGGAUUACGUAGACGGAAUGUGGAUUGUAACCGACUGUUUGAGGUUCGGCCUUAGACACGUCUGAAUGGCAAGGCUGGUGGCAGGAUGGCUGUACUUUCUGUGUCUGUGCCUCACGGCUGGAGCUCGGCGAGGAGGUGGCAUGUACCGGACGGCGUACGCGUGCGAGGGUACCCAGCUGAGCUUCUCGUGCGCCGACGGACAACUCAUCUCUCUGAUCCGGGCCAACUACGGGCGCUUUUCCAUUUCCAUCUGCAACGAGCACGGUACCCUCGAUUGGAGCGUCGACUGCAAGUCAAACAGAUCCUACGCUGUCAUACAAGAAAGCUGCGGAAUGCGGAGUCGCUGUGUGCUGCCGGCAUCGACGACGCUCUUCGGAGACCCAUGUCCAGGCACCUUCAAGUACCUGGAAGCGCACUACAAGUGCAUCGCAGAAUCUCCCACGACAACCGCUAGCACGACGCCACUCACGACCACGACCAGCUCGACGACCAGCCGUCCCCUCAUCAUCAUCCCCGCUACUCAAUAUCAGAAGCCCAUCCUCGCGACGUCUCCCGCGCCUCCACCCCGGACGUCCACGGCGUCGUCAACGACUUCGUCCACGACGUCUACGACAGCCUCAAGGUUCACGCAGGUGACGAGCUCCACGACGACGACUGCAAGUACGACCACAACGUCCACUAGCAGUUCGUCACCGCCGUCGACCUCUACGGCGUCGAGUGUGACUCGUGCUCCGACGACUUCAGAGAGGCCUUCCACGGUGGCCGAUUCGCAGCUCGGAAAAGGCCGCUAUCUGGAUGAUCCUUCUGGUCCGAGCCUCGUGCAGCCUCACAUCCCGCAGCAGCAGGACCUAUUCUGCGCCCCCGUGCAGACGAGGAACAUGCUGUGGAACUGGACACGAGCCGGCGAUACUGCCUACCAGAAAUGCCCUAGUGAUGCCAUAGGCCGUGCGAGGUGGACUUGUCUUGACACGAGCGUGCCAACGUGGGACUCGGACACGCCAGACCUCAGCUCUUGUUACUCCGUUUGGAUGGACAACCUCAAAGGAAGGGCGGGUGACGGUGAUUCAGUGGUGAGCCUGGCGGUAGAGCUUGAGGUGAUGACGCGAACCAAGUCUCUGCUCGGGGGAGACAUGCUGCAAACGACGGCCCUCAUGGAGAACCUCUUAGCUACCAUGGCACGACGCAUGGAUGACUUGCCUGAUGACAAGGUGCGAUACCAGGUCGUCAAAGAACUGCUACAGAGCGUGGUAGAGGUAAGCAGCAACCUUCUGGAAGACUACCAAAAGGAGUCCUGGAGGGAAUUGCCCCCGGGCCAGCGGCGCCGUGUUGCAGGAUCCCUCCUGGGAGCCCUGGACAACGCCACCUGGCUCCUGGCGAGCACAAAGAACUCCGCCUUUCGGUUCUCCAGGGCACACGGCAACGUCUUGGUGUCUGUGAGACUGGUGGAGACGUGGUCGUCCUCGGAGAUUCGUUUUCCUGCUCACGAAGACGUGCACGGCACAGUCUGGAUACGGAUGGAGGACUCGCUGGUGUUUCCGCCGCAGGCUCUCCUGGCAUCCGCGAGAAACGGUCUUGUCAAGAUGGUGUUCCUCGCUUACCGGAACAUCGAAGACUUCCUGGGCCCUGAACGUAUGGCGAACGAGCCCGAGCGCAUUAUCAACUCGCGAGUGCUGUCGGCUUCCGUCAACAGCCAACACAACUUGAAGCUUCACCAACCGGUGGUGAUCACGUUCCAACACAGGCACGUGGAUAACGUCACCAACCCGAGAUGCGUCUACUGGAACCUUGCCGCUAACGAUUGGUUAACCGAUGGCUGCUGGUUGAGAGAGACGAACGUCAGCCACAGCGUGUGUGUCUGCAAUCAUCUGACAAGUUUCGCCCUCUCUAUGGACAGGAGUCCUCCAGACCUGACCAUGCAGAGGCUGCAAACCUUCGUGUACGCCUCUUUUGCCGUGUGCAUGUUCCUGCUGCUCGUCACCAGUCUCACGCUGCUCGCAUUCCGGACGAUGAAAGGGGACCGUGUCAGCAUCCACAAAAACGUGUGCCUCUGUCUACUGGUGAGCGAGGCCCUACUAGCUAGCGGGCUAAGCGGCGUAGCGCAGCGGGUCGUAUGCGGCAUUCUGGCGGGCUUUCUACACUACUUCUGGCUAGCCGCUUUCUUCUGGAUCUUACUCGAGGGAUUCCAACUGUACACCAUUCUCCUGGACGUUCUGGGAACGACCGCUUCGCGGCUACGGUGGUACUACUUGACGGCCUACGCGUCGCCGGCCGUGGUCGUCUGCGUCGGGGCGGGAAUCAACCCGGCUGGAUACGGGUUGGCGAGGGGAUGCUGGUUAGACAUGAACAGCUACCAGCUGCUCAGCUUCGUAGGGCCAGCUGCUUUCUGCGUCCUGUUGUGCCUGGUGUUCGUGGCGCUGGUCUUCUGCAAGGCCCAUCGGCACACCGAUGCAGCGCUCAAGAGCAAAGAGCACGAGAGGAUAACCAUAGCCAGGUGUCUAAGCAUGGACACGACAUUGUUGCUCCUGUCGCUAAGCCUAACGACGGCGUUCGCGCAGCUCUACCUACUGGAGCCCUCAGCAACUUACACGUGCGUCUUCGCGAGUCUCAAUAUUUUACUCGGUUGCUUCGUGUUCGUUUUCUACUGCCUCCGAAAUGAAAAGGUGCAACGUGUCCUGGAAGAGCGAGUUCCCCUGGGCUGCCUCCGCGUAGGAGGGACGUCCGCGGGGACGUCCCAGCCUCCCAGCCUGUUCGUGCAUGCCAACGGCUUGCCCUAUAGUUGUGGAGCCCAGCAGUCCUGGAGUUCACAGAAGGAGCCACAGUCCUCCGAGGUAGACAACUGUGCCACACCGCAAGGUCUCCCAUCUAUAGCCACAGUCAACUAUCCGGGUGAAGAACACCCCAUGCGCAGCUGGGCGUGGGCUAACGACGGGGCUCCCCCUUACGGUCACUGGGCCACCGUCGACUGCUGGCGUCCGCCAGACCCCCGCGUGGACCACGUGUACGAGACCAUCGACGACGACCCAUCGGACGCCUGGAGGUCUCUCCACCAUCAACUGAGAACCGCGCAGAGACCUCCGGCGCACAGCUACCAUUCGCUCGGGAGGCCCGACUGCAGUGUUCAGAAGAGGAUCCCCAACGACCGCGCCACCAUUCUCGGGUCCUUGAGCGCCGUCUUGACGAACUCUCCGCGAACCAGACCCUUAAUCGGAGACGCCUCGUCGUGUCUAAGGCCUCAGGUGGCGUACUGUGACAUAAAGACAGACUCUUCCACCAGUUCCCUAAUGGAAGGCGACGAGGACCGACAGACGAGUGCCUGCUGGACCAAGGGCUAUCGCGAAGCUCAAACGGAGCGACCUUGUGAAGGAGUGGAACAUUUUUGACCCUCCCCGGCGUUCCCUGACCGAAUGCUCAACAGAAGCACCGUGGGUUGUGCUUGUACUUAAGAGGCACCAUUAUUUAUUGCGACUGGCCUGCGGCCGUCGUAGAACUGAAAGGACUUGUUUUCAAUGCCGAAUGCGAGACAUAUCAGUGUGACUUGUGUUGUGCAACGCGCGGAACGUGACGUGGACAAAGAAUUCAGCUUGUCUCUCUUUUUUUUUUUUUUUCGAUAAUGGCCAUUCGAAUGCAGAGGUUACUAGUCAACCGAACAGACGUAAAAAAAAAAAAUAGUUUCCGUUAUUGAGAUUGAGAAGAGGUCGAAGUGGGGAAACACGUAUUUUUCUUUCGAGCUCAGCCAUAACUCCUGGUUCGGUGGAGCUCAAGUUUCCGGCCAUAUUUAAUCGAUAAAAAGAGCGUGAGUUGGUUUCAACGCAAAAAUGUUAAUGUCGUUCGUGUGCAGUCCUUGUGAUAACAAAAGGGCACGGCAGACGAAGAGGAUCACGGAAAAAUAUUCAUUUUCAGCCAGUACGGAUGAAGCACGUCCUGAUAAGAUGAGAGUCGAGCGUUCACAUUCUUUGUGGUGCUGCUUUGUCACCCUUUCAGCUUGUUCUAAACCCAAGUGGCCGUUUUCUACGUAUACAUGUAUCUGUUCGCUAGAGCAGUGUUUUCCAGAUAAGGUUAUUCAGUUCAGGUGUUCUUUAUUAUCGUGUCAUACCACAACGGCCGGCUUUUAUUACGAACCCAAGCUAUAAAUGUUGAUUCUCACCCCCACGUAUGUUUGGGUGGCGCUUCGCUCGCAUUUUUCCUUGCCGUGGUUUCCGGAGACAUAUCGGACGUGAAAGAUGCUUAUCUCAGCUAUUGCCAUUUCUGUGAUACAAAUGGACUGUAAAUAAUCACCUUUAGGGACACAAAAAAAGUGACGUGUCAUGGUCGCGUGAUGUUCAAGUAAGUGCAAACAAAACGUUUCUUGUGUCAUUGGAUGAACAAAAAAAAAAAAUGUUUUGUACCAUAUGUCAUCCUCUUGGUCAUAGAUCCUCGACAGGGUCCUAUACGUAUCGUGAUCACUAGGUGGCAAUCAUUGUCAAUCUUUUUUUCUUCGGGACUCAACUAUAAAGAGAUUGAAAUAAACCCAGUUGUUUGCGA